AUGGCUGAACCACCGUCCGACGGGGGCGAGACGAAGCACGAGGUGGACCCCGCGGACAAUGUCAACGGCACCCAACCACCGCCCGAAGUCUCCGUCAAAGAUGCCGCGACCACCACCACCCCCGCCGAGAAUAAUGUCCCCAAAGUAGCUGCCGUGUGCAAGAAACACCCGGACCCCAAGCACGACGCGCAGAAACGGAAGAAGAAAAAGAGCAAAAAGAAGAAGAAGAAGCUGCAGCAGGAUGAAAACUCCUCCACAGAAUCUAGUUCAUCCUCUUCUUCGUCAUCGUCUUCCUCGGAGGCGACAACAGCCUCCGAGUCGGAUGAUGCCGACUCCGACUCCCCCACGAGCGAGUCCGACACGGGCCAUCGCAAGCGGCAGCGACUCCGCAAGGCACGAACCCGGCGGGCUCAGCGCGACAAGAAGAAAAAGAAGAAGUCCAAGUCCAAGACCAAGUCCCGGAAGCAGGCUCAGUCGGAGUCCGACACGGAGUCCAGCAGUGAUGCCGAUUCCGAAUCCAGUCAGUCCGAAGAGGAGGACCCGACGGACGAAAAGGCACUGCGAAAGCUGGUCGCCCGCCUGAAGCUGCAGCAGAAGCGAGCCAAACGGCUGCGCGAUCAAACCAACGAUGGUUUGGGUGGUCUGGACUCGCUGGGCGAGGGUCGACGGGAGAAGCGAUCGCGGAAGAAGAAGCCUGCAUCGAAAGUGGCCUUUAAACGAGUGGAUCAGCUCUGGGAUAGCACUAUUCACAAUUACAAGCUCACUGAAACGGUCGAUGACCCCGACGCCGACGGCUGGGACCAGUACAUCUUCACCGUGCGCCGCAAGUUCAACUGGGAAAACAAGUACCUGGAGACCGUGGUCGACAUCAAGAGCAAGCACCUCCGUGAUGCCCUCGGCAAGGUCAUGGAUAACGUCAAGGGCGUCAGCCUGGUGCAGGAGCCCGCCGUUGUCGACCCCAACAUGCUGUUCUUAUACCUGGAAGAGACCCGCCAGUAUAUGAAGGACCUCAAGCGACAGGCCCGCAGUGAGAAGAAGAAGAAGGCGCGGAAAAUUGCGGCAGCCAAGGCUGCGCAUCUGAAAGUCCUGGUUAAGUACCUGGACACAGACUACGCCGACAUCAAGAAGACUCUUUACCCACUGCUCGAGGCCAACACCAUCACCUUUGACCUGCUGUGGGCAUUAUUCAAACCCAACACGAUCGCAUAUACCCCCACGUAUGGCAACUCGGACGAGCCCCGCGCCUUCAAGAUCGAAUACGCCAUCAAAGAGUCCUCGUUCAUGCGUGGACAAUGGUAUAGCGUGGAAGGUCGGUACCUCGAAUACGACGGGAAGGACUUUGGCUUUGGCACCAUGUCCGCCGAGGUGGAAUCCUUCAAGGGCGCCCGCAAGAUCACCAGUCUAGCCUGCUAUCCCCUGCAGUACCACCGCGACGCCGAAGCGCUACGAUCGCGCCUGGUCGAGCGCGGCAAACGCUUCGUGUCCCUGCGCGGCAUGAACUACCGCUUCCACAAGGGGAUGGGCUUUUACAAGAAGAAGCGCUCCUUCAUUAUCAAGGUCAAUAUUAAUGGACGCGUCAUGAUCGACCCGGCCAUCCACCGGCGCAUUAACCCCAAUUACCCCAUCAGCACGGUCCGGCCCAAAGAUCCCGAUCUGCUCGAGGGAUCCGAGGCCGGCCUCAGCGACCUGGAAGACGAUGGCAGUGAGGGAUGCUGCUGUGGUGGAUCCGAGUCUGACUCUGACCGAGGCUGCUCGUCCGACACGCCACGCACCGUCUACAAGGUGAUCGAAGACGAAGAUGGAACCCCACGAGUCGUCGAGGUAGAAGUCGACGAGAAUGGCAAUGAGAUCCACAAGGAGAAGAUGGACCGGAUCGAGGGCGACGCAGCCGGCAACAAGGAGCGCGAGUUCACAGAAGAGGAACUCCUCAUCGCCAGUCCAGUCGUGCUGGGCUUUGCCUUUAGCGAGAAGCUCUGGCUGGAAUUCACCAUCUCCGGCAUCAGCGAUAUCGAAUGGGAUGCCGAUGCCUUUGACUCGCUCGUCCUGGCGAGUAACCAGAAAUCCAUCGUCAAGGCCCUGGUAGAGUCCCACACCUUCCACGCAGCCGAGAACAUCGACGACGUGAUCCAAGGCAAGGGCAAGGGCCUGGUCGCGGUGCUACACGGGCCCCCAGGAACAGGCAAGACACUCACAGCCGAAGGAAUCGCAGAACUCCUCCGCCGACCACUGUACAUGGUCAGCGCAGGCGAACUAGGCACGGACUCGCGCACGCUGGAAGCCGAGCUAAACAAGAUCCUCGACAUCGCACACUCCUGGGGCGCUGUCCUGCUGCUGGACGAAGCAGACAUUUUCCUCGAGAAGCGCACCAUCCACGACAUCCACCGCAACGCGCUGGUCAGCAUCUUCCUGCGUCUACUCGAGUAUUUCCAGGGCAUCCUAUUCCUAACGACGAAUCGGGUUGAAACCUUUGACGAUGCGUUUCAAUCGCGUAUCCACGUCGCACUGCGGUACGGAGAUCUCAACGCCAAAGCGAAGCGCAGUAUCUGGAAGAUGUUCCUGGAACGAGUGCGAGCCAUCGAGGGAGUCAAGAUAGCUACCUUUACCGAGAAUGACUACGAUUUACUUUCGCGGCAUACAUUGAACGGUCGUCAGAUCAAAAACUCCGUCCGCACAGCCCAAGCCCUCGCCGUCAACGAACGCUCCCCGCUCUCAAUGGACCAUAUCAAGCGCGUGCUCGAAGUAGCCGAGACAUUCGACCAAGAUCUCCGUGGGGGAACGGGUUAUCUGGACGCGAUGCGUAGUUACACCUAA